AUGGCCCACACCGGGUUUGUGAAGAGGCUGUUCAGUGAUAGGAGGUAUGGCUUCAUCCACUCCAGUCCCUGGGACUCCGACGGGAGCGAUGUUUAUUUUCACUUCUCUGAGCUGGAUUACGGAGAACACGUGGCCGAAGGGACCCAAGUGGCCUUUGACCUCGAGGAAGAUCCCUGGAGUGGAAGGAUCAAAGCCGUAAAUGUCACCCAGAGGCAGAGCCGUGCCUGGGGAAGCGAGGAGAGGGGCCAAUGGCCCAGUGGGGAGCCAAGUCAUUCUGGAAGGGCUUCUGCCUCUGCUUGGGAGCGGACACCAGCGGACGGAAGCGCACACGAGUGGAAUGAUGGGUCUUCGCAAGGCUUCGCCACGGAGCUUCGGGCGUGGCUGUGCGGCCUCGAUCAUGGCAACGGGGAGAUGCUGCGGUUUGCCGAAGCGAUUUCCCGGCACUACGACACCUGGGAAGCAUUGCUGGAGGGCUCCAUCCAGGACGCCGAUGCGCAGCCGGUGUUGCUGAAGGAGGACUUCCACUACAAAAUCGGGCUCCUGGAGACAGGCCACACCGUCCGAAUGGCCGCGGGCCUGCGAGAUGUGUUGGACAAAGCCCCGAGCAAGAGCCGGGAAGCACAUCCAGAGACAUCGUUUCAGCCAGACUCUGGCAGAGAGGUCCAGCCACAGACCGAGGACUGUGACACGGACAGUGGGCCAGAAGAUGAAUCCAAUGAAGGCUGCAUCCUCAUCUUCGUUUGCAUCAUGGCUCGGGGCGUUGAGUUGAGCUUGAGCAUGCCUCGAGCUAGUACCGUCGGGGAGGUCAUGGCCAAGCUGGAGGAGCUCGAGGGUGUAGAGCAUGGCACCCAGCACUUGUUCUCACUGUCGCAGGCGAGGAAGCUCGAGCCCGAGGAAGUCGUGGCCGAUGGCGCCCAGCUCUUUCUGUCGAGCCCUGAAGAUGAGCGUAUGCUGUCACUGCUUCCGGAGCACAUCCGGCCCCACCUGAACCCGGCGUCUCUUGUGGAUGUGGUGCUUGACUUGGACCGGAAGCCGGUCGUCCACGAGCGAGACGAGCAGGGAAAGCUGUACAAGCGCGUCCUCGAUGCCUGCCCACUUGUGCAGCAAGACGACUUAGAUGCCGCGGAAGCUCACGAACUGCUGGCUGGACGGUGGACCAAGGAUAACCGCUCUGGCAUCUCGGGCACUCUCCACAGGGUGGCCCGCAUUGUGGAUCAUUACGGUGGACGAAGUCUGACUGGCCUGACGCUUCGCAUGGCACAUCCCAUGUAUGGCCUCGCAGAGAAAGUGCCACAUCUGCGCAGAGUCAUCGAGGAUGGAAAGUCGCUGCUGGUCCUCGGUCCCCCCGGCUGCGGCAAGACGACCCUCCUGCGCGAGGUGGCACGCUCCCUUAGUGAAGAGUUCAAUCGUCGCGUUUUUGUCGUCGACACCUCGAGCGAGAUCUGUGGCUUCGGCAGAAGCGCGCAUGUUGCGGUUGGCCGAACGACGCGAAGGAUGCAGGUGGCGGACAGGAGCCUCCAGCACCAGGACAUGCUGGAAGCAGUGCAGAAUCACACGCCAGAGGUGCUGGUCAUUGACGAGAUUGGGAGCCAGGACGAAGUUGAGGCAGCUUGCCGCAUCGGUUUCAAAGGCAUCGCUUUGGUCGCCACGGCGCACGCAAACAAUUUAAAAGAGGCCAUUGACAAUGUGGCUCUGCAGUCCUUGUUCGGUGGUUUUCAGACCAGCACAGUGUCAGACCAAACUGCCCAGCGUUCCGCCGACGGACGCAAGUUUGUGGAGCAGCGCCGCAGUGCGCCGGUGUUCAAGAGCCUGGUCGAACUUGGCCGUGGAUCCGGCGACGAGUGGGUUGUUUACGAAGAUUUGGAGGGUGCCAUCGAUUUGAUCCUCGCAAGGAAGCCCGCUCAAGGGGUCCGCGUGCCUGCGCCCAGCACCCGCGGGCGGAUUGCAAAGCCAACGUCAGGCCAUCGAGUCGGCAGAGAGUCGCAAGAGCCCACGUUCAGAGUUUUCGGGGCCGAAGAGACUCGGGGAAUUUUUGGGUCCUCCUUCCCGGAGCGCCGGGGCGGCAGGCUGGAGGAGUUGAUGCCUCUCACUCCGGAAGCGGGUGCGAUUGCACCGGAUGAGCUGGAGGCCCGGAGAGCCAUGCGAGAUCGAGAAAUUUCAGGUCGAGCCUACCGUUUGUGCUUCGACGGCGGCGUGGAUGGUGGCGACAAAGGACCUGGUGGUGCGGGAGCCAUCCUCCGUCGGCUGAGGGCCGGAACGGGCCAUCCGGAUCGGCGGACUGGGAGGACUUGGAUGCUGUACCAUCCGAAAUCCUGUCCGGAACUCAUGGAGUAUGCUGGCUUGCUGAUGGGUUUGCGUGGCGUGUCGCAGAUUUUGCACACGCUGAAGCCGGCCCCGGAGGCGAUCCUGAUCGAAGGUGAUUGCAAGCUUGUGGUCGACCGCCACAGUGGAGGUCGUGCGGCACAAAGCUUACGCAGUGAGCACCCCGACGUCGAAGCCAAGCUGGAUGCCUUGGCAAACUUGGUGGACGAGGCCAGGCAGCAACUGGAGAGGCAGAACGUUACGCUCGACGUGGUGAGGUGGCGCAGCCGGACCCGGAACAAAGCGGCCGACCGGCUCUCGCACGAAGCGCGAGAGAAGCGCCUGAGCACCAUCGAGCUGGACUCUGAGGUUUUGGCGCUUCUGAGAGCCUUUGAGGUCGGCCAGGUCCCAACUCUCUGGGAGGUGAGAGAAGCGCAUCCCAUGCUGCGCAUCGCACAGGGCGCCGUGAUCCACCCAAGGCAGCUUGUGGGGCUGGUGGGCCUCGAGCUGAAACCCGACUCAGCCGACGGGUCUUUCAGCCUUUCGGUGCGGGUGGACGGAGCUUGGGGCAAGGCUGAUUCCUUUUCGCUGGGCCUCGUGCCAACUGGCACCAUCGAUUUUACACGUGCGCAGGACUUCGUCGCCGGUGAGGUUGGCUUCUGGUUCAGCCCGAAGUCGGGCACCGUUUGCGGGAUGCUGGGCGGGCAAAAGGCCGAGUUCACACUGCCUUCCUUGAGGGGAACGCACCCGCGGUCAGCUAGUGACAAGAAGAAAGCGACUCUUCUGAACGGUGCCAGGUGGGGCAUGACGUACAGGCGAGGAGGCCUUGAACUCUUCAUGGCGAUGCCGGAUGAUGAGCUGCAGUCACUGGGGCGCGUGCAGUGGCCCUGGGGCGAAGUGUUGCCGCACCGUGCAUACUCGGCUGCGGUCCUCUUCAAGCCUAGGCGGGGUGGCUCUGGCUCUGUUGGGUGGCCCAGCGCCAGCCAGCGGCAGGGACUAGGUCCUUUACCUUUGAGGACAUGUAGCAGCUGUAGCAGCGAUGCUUACCUGACGCUUCUGGGAGAUGGCCUUGGCACGUUUCUUUCGAACAAGGCUUCCUGGACGCUGCAGGGUUUUCAUCCAGAGCUCGACUUCCUGUGCCGUGUGCCAGAGGGAGAAGCUCUGCAUCUUCGGUGCUGUAGGAAGUGCUUGUCACUGCACAGCCGGGACAUGGACACCGAAAACUUCCUUCGCGGCUUGGGAGACGAAGACCUUGCGGUCUGGCUCAGGCGGAGGCGCCAACAAGUGCUGGCCACUAAUGACAUUACCGUUGACCGUUUCUUCCAAAGAGUCAGCCCAGGAGUUGAGAUCAUUGGCAGGGCCAUCCUUUUCCCGCAGACCUUGUUCGGAUGCGAGUGGGUGCAGUUUCCAGCUGAAACCAUGCGCCUCGCUGUGAGGCUCAAGGGGCAGUGGACAAACAGAGAGAGCUUCCUGCUCGGCAUCACCCCUGAGGGGUGUAGCUUUGGAGAUGCAACCAUAGCUGAGAUGGGUUUUUUCUUUUCGCCGCACAGUCUCAGCUUGAUCGGAUUGGAUGGCACUAAUUUCUCCUGGCCAGGCACCCUGGAAGAGGUGUGGUGCCAGCAGCUUGCAGAGAAAUGCCGGGCAAGCCUUCCCAAGUUUGAUGGUGGCCUGCAUCUUGAAUACCGAGAAGAUGCUUGCUGGUGCAUCGAAAGAACCGAUACGAAUGAGCUUGCCAUCUUUUACAAGCCAGCCUAUCCCGUCAGAGGCGUCGAAGCGCAUGAGUGGGUACAGCUGGGCGUGGUGCCUUGGAAGACGGCGACUCUGAGUCAAUGGAGGCAGUGGCAUUUCACGAUUGUCUUCAAGGCUGCGACUUCACUCCGUCGGGGCAGGGUGACCAAAGCCGGAAAUCUUCACGAAGAAAAGAGAGAAUGUCCUAAUGAUUAUCGUGGCCCCUUUCUUGGCCACGAAUGUGGCAACAAAUCACAAGGCCCACGUCGUGGCAGCGAACGCCCUCGUGUCGAGAUGUUGCUUGAGCAGGAUUUGACUGGUGACCUCUUCGGCGGCGCCCCUUCUGUCAGAAAGGAAGCCAACACAUUCCACUACCAGUGGGACGGUCCCCAACCGCUCGUGCAGCGACUGCGCGCUGCUACCAGGGACUCUCGACCAAGGAGGGCGUCGGUUGCGGAGCAUGGUGUCAGAUUGAAUAUUGGCCCCAGAACCAUGCCGAAUGCCGAGGCCCGGAAUUACAUUCCGCACGUUGCUUUUCCGCAUGUGUGGGAGUCUCCGUGA